AUGUCCAGCAGUGAAAAGAAGCAUGCCGCGUGGGUGGAUGUAGUCGCCGGCGGCUUUGGCGGGGCACUCGCCAAGUCGCUCCUCAGUCCUUUUCAACGCAUCGUCGUGCUGCAGCAACUCGGGCAGCACAAGAGCUACAGCAUCGCUCAACUGGUGCACCACAUAUAUGCGCAGGAAGGCUUGAAAAGCUUCUGGCGCGGCAACCUCACCUCGAUGGUGAUUCGAGUGCCGUACAGCGGUAUUCAGUUUCUGCUCUACACCCAGCUCAAGUUCUUAUUCCAAGAUUGGCUGGAUCGUCGUCAUGCGGCCGCGGCGCUGCCUACCCACCAGGCGGACGGUAGUAGCGACAAUAGCAACACGUCCAGCGCCGCGGCAUCGCGCGGGCUGGGGCUGGAGAAGUUCGUCAUGAAGUGCGGCGCCGGCGGCAUCUCCGCCACGAUCGCCGGCGCGGCCGUCUAUCCGGGCGAAGUUGUCCGCCUCCGCCUCAUGUCUGGCGAGAAAAAGUUUACCGGCAUUGCAAAUACGUGCGGGCUCGUUUAUCGGGAGACGCGCUCGCUGCGCAACUUCUACCGCGGCCUCGGGGCGUCGCUCAUGCAGCGCGUGCCAGACAUCCUAGUCAGCUUCGCCACGUACGAGACGAUCAAGUACGCCGUGCUGGACAGCCCCGACCCGCUUCUCUUCAAGGGCAAUGACGCGGCGCGCAACGUGCUGUCAACGAUGGUCGGCGGCUCCGCCGCGGCGAUAGCCUCCAUCCUCGUAGCGUUUCCACUCGACGUAGCGAAGAGGCGCAUCGGCAUGUCUGGCCAAGGCACCGACAAGACAGUUUACCGCGGCGUCGGCGACUGCCUGCGACAGAUCUACGCCAAGGAGGGCAUCCGGGGCUGGUACGCUGGGGCCUUUGUCGAGGCGGUGCGGUGUGUGCCGCAGGUGAUCCUCAUGUGGAUGUUCAUCGAGGUCAUCCAAACGAAGUUGUCAUCCUACGCGAGAGUAGCAUCUGCGGAAGACGAGAUGGCGAAGCGGAAGAAGGGUCCUUGA